AUGGGAACUCCACUCGCUCCCGCCAAAAUCAAUAUCGGCGACAAGAUCCGGGACCAAUGGAUUGUGAAAAAGAAACUCGGAGAAGGUCAGUUUACGUCUAUUCUAUUGUAAAUCCUCGAAACUAGGCGUGAGGUCAUUAUAUUUUCAGGCUCAUGCGGGAUGGUCUACCUGGUCCAGAACAUCAAAACUCAAGGUGUGGAAGGUCGGGCAGCGAUGAAAGUGGAGCCAUUCAUGAAGUCCAAGGACGAUGAGAUCCUUAAAAUGGAAGUGUUCGUCCUGAAGAAGGUCCAGAAGUCGAAGAAUGCGUGCAAACUAUUGCUGGCCGGGAAGGGGAAGAACUACAGUUUCCUGAUCAUGUCAUUGUUGGGAAAGGAAUUGAGCGAACUGCGACGGAGAUACUUUGCCGACCGAAAAAUGCCUCCGGUCACAACGCUCAGAGUCGGAAUUCAAGCCCUUCAGGUAAUGUUUUGUUAUAGCAACGUUUAUAAAGGAGCUAGAAUAAGUUGAGUAAUCGUAAAACAGGUCAGAUGCUUUGUUCUACCUGAUUUCUGACUGUGUAACAUCAAAAACUCAUUAAUUUCUAGUCACUAUCUAAUCAAAUCCGUAUUUUAGGCCAUCCAGGAUCUUCAUUCCGUUGGAUUUGUUCAUCGAGAUGUCAAACCGACCAAUUUUGCUUGUGGGUACGCCAAUAGACGAAUCAUCUACAUGUUCGAUUAUGGCCUGGCUCGACAAAUCAUGACCAAAGAUGGAAGUAAAAUGAAACUCCGAGAUCCAAGACCUAAAGUUUCGUUUCGAGGAACUGUCCGAUAUUGCUCUAUUAAUGUCCAUCAAUACAAAGAGCAAGGAAGACACGACGAUCUCUGGAGCUUGUUGGUAAGAGACUAUAAAAAAUCCUACUAACGCCCCGAUGGCUUGUAUACAUAGCUAAUUCUUUCAGUACAUGUGCAUCGAACUUUGCACUGCAACAUUACCUUGGAAAGGAAUGUCCAGGAAGGAAUCUGGAGCCAUUAAAGCAUCUGUUUCGGACGCAUCUCUCUGCAAAGAAUGCCCACCAUCCUUCCUCGAACUCGCCAAAAUCCUCAAGACCUAUGAAUACAAGACUACUCCAGCUUAUGAUUCCUUCAAAGCAUCUUUUAUAAAAGAUAUCCAAAAUCUCAAAGGUAAUAUGAAUGACCCUUUCGAAUGGGAGAAAUCUGAGAAAAAGACCGAGAAGAAGCAGGAGGAGAAGGAUAACGACGAGAAGGCCGAGUUUGAUCAGGUCAGUUAUAUUACACAUGAUUAUUUUGAGCAACAUGGGUAACACACUGUUCUUGUUUCAAAGACCAGAGACAGGGCCUUUAGAAGGCCAGCAAGACUUAUUAGAAGAACAUUAUACCUUUAUUUCAUUCCAGAGCGAAGACACGGACACCAAAAAGGAUGUGGGAGAAUCUGUAGAAUCAGCCGCUACUGAUGAUGAGUCCCAGACGAAGGGAUUUGCCAAAGAGGAUACUCUCGACAAUGUUGCUGAAAUGAACAACAACAACAAAUAA